UCUCAGCAACUCUGCAACUAAUCCAACUUUCUUUCUUCCCAUCAUGGAAACCCUAAGUUUCUGCGUUGGAAUAACUGGCGACAUCAUCUCAGUAUUGCUCUUUCUUUCCCCAGCAGGGACGUUCUGGCGGAUAGUGAAGCAGCGAUCAACGGAGGAGUUCGACAGCCUUCCAUACAUCUGCACGUUGCUCAGCUCAUCGCUAUGGACUUACUACGGGAUUACGCGGCCGGGGAGCUAUCUCGUCGCCGCCGUCAACGCUUUCGGAGUCGUCGUCGAGACCGUCUAUGUAUCGCUGUUUCUGCUGUUCGCUCCUCCAAAAAUGAGGGCUAGGACGGCGAUUCUUGCUGGGAUCUUGGACGUGGGGUUCCUACUGGCUGUGAUUCUAGUAACUCAUUUGGCAAUGGAGGGGGAUACGAGGAUUGAUGCGAUUGGGCUCCUGGGUGCUGGCCUCAAUGUUGUCAUGUAUGGUUCACCUCUUGCUGCCAUGGUACCAAAUGGAGCUGGGUUUAUUCUUGGGAUAGCUCAGCUGCUGCUCUACGCCGUGUACCAGGUCCAGGGAUCAUCAUCAUCAUCAUCAUCAAAACCAUACUCCCGCAGAUCAUCAAAGACCAUUUCUUCAUCAUCAUCAUCUCAUCAUGAUGAUGAUCACAAUCAUCAUGCGCAGCCCCUCCUAUCUUCUUCUUCCACAACAACUGAUCCAAUUCAUAUAUAUUAAUGUUUGCCUGUAUGGGCAGCUCAGCUGUGACCAGCUGGG